CUAAUCUGGCAAAGAAUCAUUGAAGUACUCCUUUACAGACAUGGAAAAUUGUUUAAAACUGAUUCCUCGUAACUGUUACAAUACGUACAGUUCAGUUGUUCUUGCUUUGUUUGUAGCAAUUGGCGUGGUUCUGGUUGGAAUCGCGAGUGAUUACGAGUCGAAAUCAAGUCUGGAUUGUAAACUCACGAGCUCUUUAUAUGAGGGGAAGUACAUUGAAACACAGUGUCGUCUUCAAUAUGCCCAAGAAUUCCUCCCUUCGUUACCUCUCAAUGUCCAGAUUGUGAUAAGUUUAGGACUUGUGAUUGUAUGUAGUGUCGUGUACGGUUACCUGGUGAAACAUAGAGUCGACUUCUUCGCAAAUAAUUCAAACACAACGACGAACGAGGGCGUAGAAGAAAGCCAGCCACUACAGUCUGAAGCAUCGCCAGCCGCACCAGUGGCCUAUCGAGGUAGAAAUAGUUAUUUUGUAUUUAUGGCUUACGUAAUCCAUUUAAUCGUUUGUCGUAUAAUACCACUGACAAUAUUCUCAGCAUUUCUCUUAACCUCGUCCAAUUUUCCGACCCAUUUUGAAUGUCCUUUGCCCAAUAUGAAAACAACAACUAGUACUUUCCACGAGAACGUCACACGGUCAACUACGAAUUCUUCAUUUGUGGUCUGCACUUAUGCAAUGGCUGGGAAGAAACAACAAGUUGUUGUUGGCUUCAUCACGAUAAAUUUCCUCGUCGAUGCAGUGACACUCGUUGAGAUUGUCUAUCUGUUGUGGUCCGCAUGGAAGAGACCCACUUUCAAAACUGAUCAGGAGUUCAUUAACCUGUACCUUGAAAAGAAGCAUGCAGAAGCAACCCCUAACACCUCCAACCCUUACUCCUCUUACUUUCCUAACCAAGAAGCAAACCAGGAAAUCCAUGAGAUAACUCAGGAAAACAAGUCUAACUCUCCUAACCAUGAGGUAAACCAAAAAGUACAUGAGAUAUCUCAGGAAACUAACUCUAACUCUCCUAACCAAGAACUAAACCAGAAAGUACAAGAGCAAAUUCAGGAACAUAAGACCAAACAUUCAUUUACUAUGAAUGAUGUCUUAGGAGAGAAACAAAAACUGGAUGAAAUUUAUAUCAAUGUCAUAAUUCAAGAUGGAAGACAACUUGUCAAAUAUUUGAGAAAUGAAUUUUUGAAAGGUAGACAUGAGAUUUAUGACAUUCAAUUGGAAAAGCCCCCUAAUGCAAAAGUACUUGAGAAUACAGCAGAAUUAUUUCAAGCAGGAAAAGCUGGUAAGAAACAACCUAGAACUGUUCUUAUAGUUGGAAGACCAGGCAUUGGGAAAACUCUAUUAACCGAAAAAAUAUCUCAGGAGUGGCAAGAAGGCGGAAAACCUGAUGAAUUCUGGCAUGGAAAAAUUGUUCUAUUGAUCAAAUUUCGUAAUUUUAGCAAGAAAGACACAAGUCUUCAAGAAAUAUUAAAUCAAGCUCAUGGUCUCAAUAAGGCAAUAGAUCUGUCCAACAAUGAGUUUAUCCAUGAACGUAUCCGUCAGAACCCAAGUAAAACAAUCCUUGUUUUUGAUGGCUUAGAUGAACUCCAGGUAGAUGAUGAGUGUUUAAUUAAUGGAAAAACUGUGAACAGCCUAGAGGAACAUGCUCAUAUAUUCCUGAUUUUCAAACAGCUGGUGAAUAAUGAACUAUUACCUGGAAUCACUGUGUUAACCACAUCUCGACCAACAGCAGAACACAUCUACGAAAGGCUUGAUUUUGAACAAAAAGUUGAAAUGUUGGGUUUUAGUGAGAAACAAAUAGAAGAGUAUGUCAAAAAAAAUUGUGGUGAUGACACCCAGAAAAGUUCAGAAAUAUGGAACAUAAUCAAGGAUUCCCCAGAACUAAUCAGCUUCUGUUACAUACCUGUCAACUCCUAUAUAAUUUGCUUGACAUUAUAUGAAAGCAUUGAUUUUGGUGAAGACGUGGAGGAUGAAUGCUACAGCAAGAUUCCUAAAACAAUAACUGAAUUGUACAAAAGAGCUAUAAGGAUUUUGCUGUUCAAACACAAUUCAAAAUACAAGAAUAAACCAGUAGAAAAGGAUUAUCUGACUGUGGAACUUCCAGAGCUGCUUCAAAGGGACCUGGACAAGUUGAAGGGAAUUGCAAGAAAUGGAAUGGAAGAAGACAAGUUAGUUUUUGAGUUUAAAAGCAGUGAUAAAUCUGUGGCUGGCUUAUCUGAUUCUGGUGUGUUCAAUCAAUUGGAAGACAAAAGACGAAAUAUUUUCUCUUUUCUUCAUCUUACAAUUCAAGAGUUUCUGGCUGCACUACAUGUGGUUGAUGAUAUUAGAAAUGUUGAAAGAUUUUUAGAAGAGCAUAUUAAUGAACCCAGGUGGCAUUUGGUGAUCCAGUUUGUAGCUGGGUUACUUGGAGAUAGGAUGAGAGAGUUAAGGUCAGCAAAGCGUGAAGACAGUGAAGUGAUUGAAUGUAUAUGCAAAAGAUUUCAAGACUGGAUGCCAAAGAAACGACGUAUUGACGAGAGUAAUGACAAAGGUUUACUCGUGAUAAAAAGUGUUUGGGAAAUGCAAGAAGAUUGCGUCAUGAAAAUGAUUUCGUCGUUUGCGUCUGAGGAUGAGGAUGAAACAUUUACUUUGUAUGAAUUAAAUAUUGCACCAGCAGAAUCUACGGCUUUGUUCAAAUUUUUAAGCCACAUCAAGAACUUGAAACAGCUUCAAAUAAUUCUUUGUACUGUGACGAACAUUGCUAUCCGUGAAUUAGCUGAGUUUUUGAAGAAAGAUAACCAUGACCUGGAGAGUGACAACUGUGAACUUAUUGAACUACAUGUAAGUAGCAAUAAUGGUUUAACAACUGAAGGUGUUAAAUAUUUAAGUGAUGCUUUGAAGAAUGACAACUGUAAACUUACUGAACUAAAUGUAAGAAACAAUGAUUUAAAAACUGAAGGUGUUAAAUAUUUAAGUGAUGCUUUGAAGAGUGACAACUGUAAACUUACUAAACUAGAUGUAAGUGUCAAUGGUUUAAAAACUGAAGGUGUUAAAUAUUUAAGUGAUGCUUUGAAGAAUGACAACUGUAAACUUACUGAACUAGAUGUAAGUGACAAUGGUUUAAAAACUGAAGGUGUUAAAUAUUUAAGUGAUGUUUUGAAGAGUGACAACUGUAAACUUACUAAACUAGAUGGGAUGCUAAGAGUGACAACUGCAAACUGGUUUACUAAAUGUAAAGUCAUAAUGGCUGCAAUCCUGUAA